AUGUGGAAACUAUCGGAUAUCAACCCCAGACUGUUGGUCCAUAUUCCGAAGAUUUCUCUUUUGACAAUAAACGGCGAUCACAGCGCUCCGACUGCGAAGAUCGACACCGCAGAUAGCUCUUUCUUUCUUUUACAGUGCAUCGGUCAUUAUGCAAAAAAACUAAAACCGCCUAAGAAGGACACGAAGGGAGGUUCCUCCAAACAACCUCAAAAGACCCAAAAAAAGAAGGAAGGAGGAUCCGGUGGAAAAGCCAAGAAGAAGUGUUUAAAUGAACUAGUCAAGUGGUCCAAAGGAAAAGUCCGUGACAAGUUAAACAACGCAGUGUUGUUCGACAAGGGUACCUAUGACAAAUUAAUCAAAGAAGUACCUCAAUACAAAUUGAUCACUCCAUCAAUUGUGAGUGAAAGAUUGAAGAUCCGUGGAUCACUUGCCAGGCGAGCACUCCUCGAACUUCACCAAAAAGGUCUGAUUAAACAAGUUGUACAGCACCACGCUCAACUUAUUUACACCCGCACCACCAAGGGCGACGAUCCCGCUGCGUAA